AUGAAUCGUGAAGAAGUGUUUGCAAAAGCAAGACAACAAGCAGAAUCGGAAGCACCAGACGAUGCAUUAGAAACACUUGCAGAGUGAGUGCCUUUAUUUACAAAUUCCUACAGAUGUUCUUAUAGAAUUACUUCUCAAGAGGGUGUCGAGUAUUCUUUAUCAGAAAUUCAGACUAUCAACAUUGUCGUCUGCGAAAAACUUACAAGGUUUGAUGAAUAUUUUUAGCAAAGCUAAAAAAACUGGAAGCUUCACUGAAAAGGUAUCUUUCCAGCUGCCCAUUUGAAGAAAAAAAAGAAGCUUGUCUGUUAUGCCUUCCGAUUUUGGAAGGAAUUAAAUGCUUGUGAGUUACACUACUCACUUUUUGUGUUACGUUCGUACAUACAGAAAAUCGGCAGAAUGGCUGGAACUCUACACGGAAACUGUGUAUGAGACUUUCAGUAAACUGAGCCGUUACGCUCGAGAAGAAGAGAGAAGUGACGCUUGGUAUCGGUUAAAGGUACAAUGCAUAAUUAUCAUUAAACAAUUUAAAAUUUGCAGGCUAUCUUCUACGAAAUAACGCUUGCAGCAAAGAAGGUUUGGAAGGAAAAAAACGCUCCAGCCGGAUUGGACAUUUACGUGUACUAUGCGAAACUUCUCAAAAGUUAUUUGGAUGUGGCUGAUGAAGACGCUUUCAAGGUAUCAGAAAUCUUUUCGACUCACAGAUGAAAAAUGACUUUCUAAUAAACAUUUUAGGAAUGUGAAAAUUACGCUAAAGAAGCAAAGUUUCUUGGAAAAGGAAUUCUUGAAGACGAAGAUUAUCGGGACGCCAAAAAAGCGAUGGAAACUAUUAACAAGCUGAUUUCCGAAGCAAAGAAAGAACAAGAGCUGCUUAGCGAUGACUAA